AUGUCUCCGCACAACAACUCCACCCACCAUUACUCUCCUAAAACAAAAACAAUGCCACAAACCUCGACACCGCCCUCACCUCUCAAAACUCCUAAAUCCAAAACCCCACUAACCAGCACCAUCAAACAACAAGACACUAACCACGACCAGCCAACCAAGGACAUAGAGAUAUGCUCAGCACCCCCACGCCUCUAUCCAGUGAACUUAAGCCCCAAGCAAAUCGCAUCUAUACCUACCAGAAUCAGCCACGUGCGCAAGCCGGUUCCAAUCCAAACACCCCGCCAGCUAGGAUUCGUAGCACACGCAACGACUGUUAAUGACUUCGCAUCUCAAGCUACUUCAAAGACUACAUCUAAAACCAGCACAUCAGACCAAGUAAGCACUAACACCAAAGAUUACAAUGUGCUUGAGAGGUUUCGCUUAUCAAACUCUACUUGCCUACAGGAACACUCGGAUCCCCUGCUUGAAGCUACAUCUGCACUUGUCUACGUCAGCGACUCGUCUCCCUCUAAAAAAUUGCCAGCACACGUACCCUCCGGCCCAGAGGAAUACAUAGCCAAACUACUGCUCAGUUCUCCUCCAGUCCCCGCCACCAUGCUGUUCGCUCCUAUCGACCCUCAACUAUGGGAAGACUUCCACAACACUCUUCAGCACCACCAAGACAUCCUACACAUCAACUCUUACACAACAGCUUUCAAAAACUCAUCCCUUAUCAGGCUAGCAAUUCCAGGAGAAUGGACAGACAGCACGCAAAUGGAGGUCCUUAUCUACAGAGCUGGUGUCAGAAACGAUUACGUGCUAGCCAAGGAAAGUAGCAUCUUUGUUACACCAUGGCUCACAUCUUACAUCCAGAAAAAAUGGCGACAAUUCAAUGCAGCUGUCGACAAAAACAAGUUUCGUUGGGAUGCUCAUUUGUCCAAACUUGUUCUCCUCCCGGGCCAGCAAUGGAUUAGCAACAUACACACAAUUUACGCACCAAUGAUAUGGGACGACAGGCAUUGGGUUGGGCUAGCUAUCAACCUCCACUUGAGCCAUGUGGAAGUGCUUGACCCAUUUCUAAUGCUCUACAACGACAGGAAGGCCAAAACUGCACUACAACCCGUUCUUGAGAUGCUACCAUUCAUCAUCAGCAAACUGACCACCAACACGCCAUCUCAGUUCGAAGGUGAUCGUCCAUUCACCUGGCAAAGGAGGAAGGAGAUCUAAAUCAACCACCAAGGCGGUGAUUGCGGGCCUCUGAGUGUCAAGUUCAUGGAAAUGCAUGCCAACGGAGACCUAGAGCCGCACAUGGCAGACUUAACUGACGAGAUGGUCGUUGACAUGCGAAAACAAUACGCUCUGGACAUCUACAGAAACAUUGUAGUCCCGACUUACCCUGUUCCCGGAACGCCAACCACAAAAAACUAACCACAGUGUCGUCGCUUGUGCGAUCUCGAGGUCUAACUCCCUAGGUUUCCUUUUGUAUUUUGUGUCUCUAUUUGCUGCUACUGGGACGCUGAUAUCUACCACUCGGUUUUAGAAUUUAAGUCGGCUUCUACCAAUUAGGACCUUAUCUGUAAAACUGGAUGGUUUUGUUUUGUAUUUUCUAUUGCUGCUACCACUGAUAUCUAUCA